AUGGCCGAGCUCCAUGGCCCUCCCGGCACGGAACUGAUUAUGAGGACUUACAAACAUAAAAUUUGGAGUCUUCUACCUCAACCAUCAUGCAGUUCGAGUGACCCAUUGAACUGGUCAAAGUCAUGGAAAUGUGCGUCUCAAAUGUCGGGAAACUCCCUGGAUGAUAUGCAAUUUCUUUUUCUGUUUGUUUCAGUCGAGUCAGCUCUUUCAAUGGGUCCUAUGUUCCCGCUGUUUGAGGCCGAGUUUCACUUGGACAAUACGCAACUAAGUUUGUUGACCGGGGCGUGUGUAAUGGCCCUUGGGUUCUCAAACUUUAUCAUCGUCCCAUGCUCCAAUAUCCUCGGAAGACGCUUUACCAGCCUUUUAUUUUGUCUUCUUGGUAUCGCAUCGUGUAUCUGGCAAGCCCUUGCCAUCUCACAUUCUAGUCUACUCGCUGCUAGAGUAGUCAACGGCAUUGCUACAGCCACGAGUGAGACCCUGAUGGUACAAGUGAUUGCAGACAUAUUUUUCCUUCAUCAAAGAGGCUUUUGGACUGGUGGCCAAUCAUUUCAGGAAGUAUCGGACAAAAGUAAGCAAAACGAAGCCCUUUGUCUUUGGAAAAUUAAAUCACUGCUAAAACGAUUUGUUCCCUCAGGUAUGGCUGGCGCAGCUUUUUUUUGGCUCUCGCUAGCAAUGAGUAUUUUCAACUUCCUCACGCUUCUCUUCUGUUUCCCCGAAACAAAAUUUAACCGAGACUCAGUCAUUCAGACAGGUGUCUCUGAAGAGGCUACCGACAAUACUUCGCAGGAUAUGGACUCCAACAGCGCGAAGGCAGAGUCUCAUCAGCUGGAGAAUAUCGGCGGAGAAGUUCAUAAUGCCGUCGGAACGGGCCGGCCUUCCUGGGAUCAGUUCAAGUUGUGGCAUGCGCCAGAUGCAAAUUGGAAACGGUUCCUGCUUCGCGAUUUGUUUUCACCAUGCCGUCUAUUCUUCUUCCCAAUCAUUUUAUGGGCUGCACUGAAUGUGGCCGGGCCGGCGAACGUCCUCCUGUUCUGGAAUCUAACAGAGUCCGCUGUCUUGGGGGCCCCUCCUUAUAGUUUCAGUCCGGCAUCAGUGGGAUACUCCAACUUCGCCUUUGUAGUUGGGGGUCUGAUUGGUCUUGCCACUGCAGGUCCGUUUUCGGACUACAUCGCCAUAAGAUUGACAGCUCACAAUCGUGGUGUUCGUGAGGCAGAGAUGCGACUACUCGCUCUGAUACCAUAUUUUGUGACAACAGUUAUCGGAAUCACCAUCGGCGGCGUUGGAUACGCGCGAUUGUGGGAAUGGCCUAUCAUUCUCGUCAUUGGGUAUGGUUUCAGUGGCUUGUGUGUUACUGCCGUCCCUACCGUCGCAGUGGCAUAUGCUGUUGAAUGCUACAAGUCCGUCGCGGGGGAAAUUAUGGUCGUUGCAACAGUGAUCAAAAACACCUGUGGAUUUGCGAUGAGUUUCUGGGUGCCAUCAUUGGCAGAACGGAAUGGGUAUCUGGCUCCCGCCAUGGUUGAGUUAGCAUUGACUAUCGGCCCGCUAGUCAUGGGACUGCCGAUCUAUCUUUAUGGCAAGAAAUUACGCAAGCUUACACAGGGUUCGAGUGUACAUCUCUAUGAGUCAUGA